GGUUGGUUAAAAGUAGAAGAAGAAAGCAGCGGAAGAAGAUGGUCUAGUUUCACUUCCGACUGACCUACUUAGCUUAUAUUAGCUGUAGUUUUGUACUGAACGAUGGAACUGUAGUGAAUGUUGAGUUCGUGGUUUUGAUAGAUAUUUUAUGAUUUUUCGUCCACGAAGAAGCGGCGCGGAGCAAAUGAGCCUUCGUGGCUUAAAGCGUGGCCGAGUAGCCUAGCUGUUGUUAGCCUCUUUAGCUGCGCUGUAAAUUCAUCUGGACUCUUCAUAGAAGCUGGCUAACUGAUUAUCAACUGCUGGCUAAUUAAUGCCACACAUUUAGCUUUGUUAGCUUAGCUAGGUUCACCCCGUUAACACCCUUGGAUGUUCAGUGUGUCAGGAAGUGACUCUUCAGCCCCAUGUCUGCUGAGGCUUCAGUCGGCAGUCAUGCUGCCGACUCUGCCCAGUCUGCUGUUUCCCAGCCUGCCUGCCUCCCCACAGAUGACCACAGGAACCAUGGUCUGCUGGGGAGCAAGUACGUCAAGUUAAAUGUGGGUGGCUCAUUGCAUUAUACGACCAUCCAGACGUUAAGCAAGGAAGACAGCCUGCUGCGAAGCAUAUGCAAUGGAGAAACUGAUGUUACCAUAGACUCAGAAGGUUGGGUCGUUUUGGAUAGAUGUGGUCGGCAUUUUGAGCUGGUUCUGAACUUCCUGCGAGAUGGCUCGGUACCACUUCCAGAGGACCACAGAGAAUUAGAUGAGGUUCUAAAAGAGGCCCAGUAUUAUCAAGUCCAGGGACUCGUCCAGCACUGCCUCAGUGCCAUGCAGAAACAAAAGGACGUGUUUGAAAGUGUGUGUCGCAUACCCAUGAUCACCUCAGCCAAAGAAGAACAGAGAAUGAUCUCUACAUGUAGAAAGCCGGUAGUAAAGUUGCAGAACAACAGAGGAAACAACAAAUACUCUUACACCAGCAACUCUGAUGAUAACCUGCUGAAGAACAUUGAACUAUUUGACAAACUGGUGCUGCGAUUUAAUGGCCGCGUCCUGUUUGUCAAAGACGUGCUGGGGGAUGAGAUCUGCUGCUGGUCUUUUUAUGGUGAAGGCCGCAAGAUUGCCGAAGUAUGCUGCACUUCCAUUGUCUAUGCUACAGAGAAGAAGCAAACAAAAGUUGAGUUUCCUGAGGCACGGAUAUUCGAAGAAACCCUCAAUAUCCUCAUCUAUGAGAACAGCAGAGGAUCUGGACCAGGAGGCUUACACCUUUUAGAUUCAAGAGGCUCCGGUUCAUCACUGGGAACCGGUCAGUCAGAGGAAGAGGGUGCCGUGGGAGGGGAUAGACGAGUACGACGGAUCCACGUAAGGAGACACAUAAUGCAUGAUGAAAGAGGCCAUGGUCAGCAAACUGUGUAUAAGGACUAAUAAUGUGAAAACAAGGCAUGGGAAAGUGACUUAAUAUGUUUGUUUGUUUGUUUGUUUGUUUUUUAAUGCUAAGGGAAUGAAAGACAUGACUUUGACAGCAAUAGUUUGGUAUGUAAUUAUUUCAUUAGUUGUCUUUAAACUUUUCAGAAGUGUUGGUUGAUGACUGAUUUUUAUAAAUUAGUUUUAAGUGUUUCGAAAGAAAAAUGCUUUUGUUUACAUGAAAACAAGAUGUGUACAGUCUUUAGAUAGAAAAUAUGUCAAAUUAUUUGGUACUGAUACUGGCAUAAACAUUACGUUUCUGAGGUUAAAGAACCUCCUGCAGGCUACUGAAUGGACCUCAAAACCCAGCGUCCACCCCAUCUUUAUCUUAGAGGAGACAACCUAACGUUCAUGUGGGUUUUAAUGACAUGCACAUGCGGCCUCCUCUGUGUAUGACAUUUAGGAAACACGGUGUCAAUUUAUGCAGGCUGUGAAACUUUAUUUCCCUUCUCUUCUGAAGUGAGAUGCUGCCAAACAUUGAUGGACAGAGGAUGGUGAAGUUGAGCCUUGAUAUUUCAACACUGGUAUAAAACACAGUGGCCAUUUUUAGGGAGGUUGUCUGUGAAUGUUGAGCAGCUCAGUUUUCUUUGUUUAAAUUAUUACAGCUAUUGCUUCAAGAUGUUUUUAUUAAUUUAUGAACCUAAUUUAUUGUUUGGUAUUUAACUUUUGUAUUGAAUCUUUGUGUUGACUCGUACUCGAGCGAGUUUUAAUUUCUGAAAUGGUACGUUGCACUCUCUGCGCUCCAUGUUCAAAUUUACUUCUGUAAAUGAAUAAAUUAUAAAAUUGCAUUUCAGUUUAAUGUUUCAAGAGGAACGGAAACCAUUUUUUUUUGUCACAUUUUAUUCUGAGCCAUAGAUUUUCACUUCUUCUGUCUUAAACCAAACUACAGAAAUUUCUUUUUUUGGCCAUAUAGUGACGAUAAAGGCAGUGUGCACUGGGAUGUAUUUUUAGUUCUCUCAGGGAGAGGAUUUUCUUUCUAAUGUUCACUAGUGACUUGUGUAACCCUAAUCACUCUGAAUACUGGAAAAAAUUGAAUGAGAGCAAUAUGUAUCUUGGAUCCUUUAUAAAAUAACCCUGAAGUUCCUUGAAAUAUGCACUAAUGUAAUUUCCGUCCAAUAGUUGUCAUGGAAAUGUUCUGAAUAAAUGACUGAAAUCAA